AUGGGCGGCCAAUUGUCGAAAAUGAUGGCCAAGAUCUUUGGAACCAAAGAAAUGCGGAUUCUGAUGCUCGGUCUAGACGCAGCGGGAAAGACAACCAUUCUUUACAAACUCAAGCUCAAUCAAGAUAUAACCACCAUCCCUACCGUCGGCUUCAACGUCGAAACCGUCCGAUACAAGAAUACCAAGUUCAACGUGUGGGAUGUCGGCGGUCAGGACAAAAUCCGCCCAUUGUGGCGGCACUACUAUACUGGCACCCAGGGUCUCAUCUUCGUCGUGGACUCCAGCGACCGGGCGAGGGUAACCGAGGCCAAGCUCGAGUUGAGGCGGAUUUUGAACGACCCCGAGAUGAAGGAUGCGCUGCUGUUGGUAUUCGCGAAUAAGCAGGAUAUUCCGGGAGCCAUGAGCGUGCAAGAGGUGAUCGAGAACUUGGAUCUGAAGCAGUUCAAAAGGAGGACCUACUUUACUCAGAGAAGUUGUGCGACUACCGGGGAUGGCAUCUUUGAAGGGCUGCAAUGGCUUUCGGAUCAUAUCGGGAAGGUUGGUGUACAAAAGAGAAAUGAGGAAGCCGACGAGCAGAUACAACGUUGA